AUGAAGAUUCUUCCGAACGUUGAUGAAAUUUUGCUCUGCCUGCGACGGGCUGCAAUCGAUACACAAGCUUCCGUUCGUCUGCUGUCGUCCACGCGUUCAGCCCCGCGGGAAACCGUCGGGAUUAUUCGGAUCCCGAGUUUGCAGGGUGAGGGUAACAGGGCGUGCACAUCUUCGGAUCCGCAAUGGUUCAAGUUCAACGUUGCAUCGUCUGCAGAACAGGAUGGUCCGCAUUGUUCCAAUGAAUGCGUACAACAAACCAAGCAGCAAAUUACCGAAGGAGCCUUUGACAGCAAUGCGUUUUUGGACUGGUGGACAUCAGGGAAGGUUGCGCCACUACGGGCGGGUUUCGCCCAGUAUGAGAUCAAGCUUCGAUCAGCUUGUACGCUUACGCCUUCGCGUGAUCACUCCAGACGUGAUGGUCGCGGCUCCCCGGGAGCGUGGAAACAGCCAUCGGUUGCGGAAGAGGAAACAGCGUGGAUGACGAGGCCGCUUUUCGGGAAAUUGCGGACGCGAGCGAAGCUCGCUCAUUUCCUUUUUCCGCGAAUAGUUCGGUGCCAGCUGAUCUGCUUUCCCUCACCGGUAACCUCACUUGUUUCGAUUCUCACCGCGAAGGCGCCGCUUGAGUUUCGUAAAUCAAAUUCCUUCUCCUCGGCCGCCGCUAACCGAUUCGACUUGGUCUUGCAAGCCAGCUUGCCGCAUGAGGAAAUCGGCACGGGUGCUGAGUCUGCUGACCGCUGA